CAUCCACAGCCACAGUGCAAAUUACGGCCGCACGUUAAUAAAUUAUAAUAACUAACAAUAACAAUGCUAAGAUAAAGUUAAAAUCUAGCUUUAUACGUUCAUCAACUUAAUUUAAGUGUUAAAGUAGUUCUAAAGUGUCCUUUAGGUCGCCAAAAAAAAAAAAACAAAUACGAGUCUCAAGGCACGCAACUAAAAAGAGGUCGUCUUCGCUGUUCUUGUUGUUGUCAUAAUCGCCUGCUGCUGUUGUUUUUUUUUUGUCAGCAAUAAAUUAAAAUACAACUACACACAUUGGGCAUUUCGCAUGCACGCCUAAUGUAUGUUCUGAUUGCUGCAUUUGCCCUGCUGCAUACGAACUAGAAUACAAAAAUACAUUCGCCAGCGCGAAGAAGCAGAAGUGGAAGACACUAAGCUGCACAACAACAACAACAAAAACAACAACAACAGCAGCAGCGCAGUCUGGAGCAUCAUGCAGCAUCAUGUGCAUGCACCGAGAGCAGCGCCACAUUUGCGCGCCGCACAUCAUCACGGUCACAUUGCGCUGCCACCGCAUCCCGGCAUGGAGCCACAUCUGGGCACACUGGCAGCAGCGGCGUCCCUUGUCACACAGCAACAGGCGCCGCCGCCACCGCCACGCGAACAUGGACGCCUGAAUCAUCAUCAUCAUCAUCAUCAACAGCAGCAGCAGCAUCCACAACCGAAUGCCGCGUAUCACAACAGCAGCAGCAACAACGACCACAGCAGCAUAAAUAACAAUCAAAUGCAAAAGAUACGACAGCAGCAUCAGCAUCUCAACAGCAACAGCAAUGGCCAUUUAACAAAAUGUAAUCAAGCUCCGCCACCAGCGCCUCAGGCCUACAAUCAUCUGGCUGGGAAUCCUGCAGCGCUCAGCUACGGCCAGUUGCCACAUCAUAUGACGCAUCUGGGCAGCUAUGCGGCACAGCCGCCGCCGGCAGUGCUAAGUGGCGGCAAGCAGCAGCAUUACUAUCUGAGCAGUGGCAAGCCUUCCAAGUACAACAACAGCAACAACAGCGGGAGCAGCAGCAGCUAUGCGCAUGCAACAAAAACCAUUCUGCAGAACACCUACCGUCACGCCAAGAGCAAUGGCCAAUUGCCUGUCGCAGCUAUGGAGGCGCCUGUAGUUGCUGGAGCGACAGCAGCAACAGCGGCUGCUGCAGCGGAACAUGCUCUGCCCAGCACAUUGCGCCUUGUUGGCAACUGCAGGAACAGCAACAGCGAUAGCAUAGCCAUUGCCAGCGAUGAAGUCUCUGAGGUGCCGUCUGCCGAGUCGCCUGAUAACUGUGAGUCAUUAAAAGAGACGACGUUGACGCAGGACGAGGACUGCAGCAGCAGCGCGGAGCAAUUGGAUGCCGCCGGCACGCUGUCCAAUGAAGAUGGCAGCGCGGCGCGCGGCUCCAAAGACAAGACGCCCAUGUGUCUGGUCAAUGAGUUGGCCAGGUACAAUAAGAUCACACAUCAGUAUCGCUUGACGGGCGAGCGCGGUCCGGCGCAUUGCAAAACCUUUACUGUUACUUUAAAGCUGGGCGAGGAGGAAUAUUCAGCAGAUGGUUUCAAAAUCAAGAAGGCGCAACAUUUAGCCGCCUCGAAGGCCAUCGAGGAGACCAAAUACAAGCAUCCGCCGCCAAAGAUACGCCGCAACGAUGAGGGCAGCUCAACGCGUACGCACAUCACGCCCACCGUUGAGCUCAAUGCGCUGGCCAUGAAGCUGGGCCAACGCACCUACUAUCUGCUGGAUCCAACACAGAUGCCGCCGUCAGAUGCCAUGCUGCCGCCCGAAUAUGCUACACCCCUGCUGCCUACACCAGCGGCUGGUUUGCCGCCGCCGCCUUAUGCAUUGCGUCGCAAUGCCAAUGCGGGUUAUGUGCUACCGCCUCCGCCCAUGCAUCCCCACCAUCAUGUGGCAAUACAGACACAGCGCGGUAUCUAUGGCCAUCAGCGACCGUUUGCGCCUAAAUAUCAAUCGCGGUAUGCACUGGCGCCAGCACUGGGACCGCAUAUGCUAGCCGGCCCGCAUGGACCCUAUGCGGCCGCACUGGCCGUAACACCCAGCAAGAUUACCUUGUUUGUGGGCAAGCAAAAGUUCGUGGGCGUUGGACGCACACUGCAGCAGGCCAAGCACGAUGCGGCGGCGCGUGCGCUGCAGGUGCUCAAGACGCAGUCGAAUAGCUCAGCUGACGAGGGGCUGGACGACUCUAUGGAUGAGGGUGACAAGAAGUCGCCCAUAUCGCAGGUGCAUGAGAUUGGCAUCAAGCGCAACAUGACGGUGCAUUUCAAGGUGCUGCGUGAGGAGGGACCAGCGCACAUGAAGAACUUCGUCACCGCGUGCAUUGUCGGAUCCAUUGUGACCGAGGGCGAGGGCAAUGGCAAAAAGCUGUCCAAGAAACGUGCUGCCGAAAAGAUGCUAACCGAGCUGCAGAAAUUGCCGCCCUUCACACCGACCAAACAGACACCCAUGAAGCGCAUCAAGGUGAAGACGCCCGGCAAAGGUGGCGCAGCGGCAGCUGUCACAGGCAUUGCAGCUGCCGCCACCGUCACGCCGCUGGGCAAGCCGGAGCGACGCAAGCGUCUCAAUGCGCCAUUGAAGGAGAAGCCCAUUGUGGAGCUGGAUGAUGCCGAGAAUCCCAUCACGAAACUCAUUCAAUUGCAGCAGACGCGCAAGGAAAAGGAACCGAUCUUCGAGCUAAUUGCCAAGAACGGCAACGAGACGUCCAGGCGGCGUGAGUUCGUCAUGGAGGUAUCCGCCAGCGGCAGCAUAGCGCGCGGCACUGGUAACAGCAAAAAGCUGGCCAAACGCAGUGCAGCACAGGCCCUGCUCGAAUUGCUGGAAACAACGGAGCAAAGCGGCGGCGACUCGGAACACGCCUUGGAACACAAUUUGCCUGCUGCUGCAGCUGUGUCUGUAGGCGGGCUAACUAUAGAGUCAACUGGCGGACUCGAUGUGCCCAUGGUCUCAACGCCUGCUGGUCCUGUGCCCGGUAUUUUAAUACUGCGUCAAAAUAAAAAACCAGCGAAGAAAAAGGAUGCGGUGGUUGUGGUCAAAGCCAAUGUGGAGCCAGCUAAGGAAAAGGAAGCCAAAAAAGAAGCUAUAAUAACAGCAACAGUAACAGAGAGAAAAAGUAGCCACAACAGCAGCAGCAACAACGAGUCGAAUGAUCAUGAGGCGGCCAACGAGAGCAGCCUAAACACCUCCACGGGCAGCAACACAAGCGGCGUCAGCAGCAACAGUAGCAAUGCGCCCGCCAGCAAAAGCGGCAGCAAUGCCAGUGGCGGCGGUGAUGCCAGCAGCAGUGCUGCUGGUGGAAGUGCUGGCGGCGGCGGUGCUGGUGGUGGCGGCGGCGGCGGUGGUGUGCAUAUGAAGGAACAGCUCAUAUAUCUCAGUAAAUUGUUGGAUUUCGAGGUCAACUUUUCGGACUAUCCCAAGGGUAAUCACAAUGAGUUUCUGACGAUAGUCACGCUCUCCACAACACCGCCGCAGAUCUGUCAUGGCGUUGGCAAAAGCUGUGACGAGUCGCAAAACUCUGCGGCGCGCAAUGCUCUAAAAAUUUUAAGCGAACUGGGCCUAAACAAUGCCAAGAAAUAAUAAGCCAAACUAAUUAACUGCAAUUUAUAUAUAUUUUUUUUGUUGUUGUGCAUUGCAAAAGUAAAUGAAAAACAAAAAAACACCCGUCCACAAAUCAAACUAAAAAAAAAGAAUAAAGAAAGAAAGAAAGAAAACUAGAAGCUGUGUGCAAAUUGAAAAUAUGCAAGAAACAAUGCAAGAAACAGUAAUUUUUGAAAUAGCAAAUUAUUAGUUAAUACCUAUUUAUUUAUUUAUGUGCAAGUGUGCGCAAUGUGCAUUGUUGAUUUGCAUUUUUGUGUUAACUGCUGUUAUUAUUUUAAUUUAUUUGUUGUUGAAAUUGAUAAUUGAAACCAAUUGAACAGAGCCCAGAGCCAAGUCAACUAAAACAAAAAUCUAAACAUAAGCAAAAGAAUAACUUAAUAGCCUUAUGCUAAAAGUUGAAAAAUGUUGCAGCAUGUUGCACACAUUCUACACAAACACAUACUAUAUUCAUAUAUAUAUAUAUAAAUAUGAAUAUGUAUGUCUAUAUAUGUAUGUAUAUUAAGAUCGAGCGCUCAUUAGGCACUUAAAUUAAAUUGAUGAACAAAUUGUAAACACAUAACUAAUAAUAUUUAUUAGCUGCAUGCGGCUGCCAAGACGCUUAUGCAACGCUUUCAAAAAAUAAAUACAAAAAUUUGUCUGCCACAUGUUGCAUUUGCCUCACAAAUGUGAAAUUAGAAAACAACAAAAUUGAAGCCUGCACACGCUUGUGAAAUUUUUAAUUUAUUUUUUCAAAGCCAUGAAAGCCAAUCAACGGAGCAUAAGAACUGCUGCUGCUUGUGGUCAAAUGUAUGAUGGAACUCGUCGAAUAAUGAAUCUAUAUAAUAAUACUAUAAUUAAUAUAUAUUAAUAAGCAACAACAAUUACAACGAUCAAGCAACAAAUUGUAUGCAGCUAAACAAAUUUCCAGCCAACAUUUUCAUUCGCAUAUUGUGCAGUUGCAAAGUGAAUGUUUGAAAUUUGUUGUAGCCCCAACGGCUCCAACUGCCACAAUUUGUGGCAAGUGUAUUUGCUUUGAAUUGUGGCAAGUGGCCAGUUGGGUCGCAUAUCAAUCGGCUUGUGGGUUAUAAUGAAGGAAAUACAAUUUACAUAAUCGUUAAUAAUUAUAUUUAAUUGUUUAAAAACCAUUUUGUAAAUGUUCAGUUUUUUGGCAUACAUCCCCAACUAAAAAACUGAGCAUCUUUAUGAAUAACGUGUUGUUUAAAUGCCACCCCCAGUUUGAUAAUUGUUAAUCUAUGUUUUAUUUCACACAUACACACUCAGAAAACUUUACUUUAUCACACACACACACGCACACACACACACACAUAUAUUUACAUUUGCAUGUUAUGAAAUUUUUUGUACAAUAGUUUUUAAUUGCUUUGCCCAGUAAACAGCACAGAUUAAGCGUUAAGUUGAAUUAUGUCAAAUUGUAUUUUGUGAAAAAACAAUGUUCGUCGCAACAAUGUGCAUGAUUGCUUUAACUUAAAAAAAAACCUAAUUUAAAAAUAUAUAAAAACAUAUUAAAAUGAAAAGAUCGUACGAAAUUCAACUAAAGAAAAGCCUUACGUAUAAGCGAAUUAUAUAAACACUUUUAAAAACACAUCCAGUAUUAAAAAAACUCAUACACCCAUAAAUAAAUAUCUUUGAUAUGCACACAUAAAUAAAUAUAUUUAAUAUAAAAAAAGAAGACGAAUAAAAUACCUUAAAUCGUGCACAUUGUUUGCAUGCGUCGCCCCACUUCCUCAACUCCUCCUAACUAAGCUACCCGUUCAAAAGGUUCAUUUUGUUAGAAGAUUUUGCAAAUUCAAAAAACAAUAAAUGUUACGCAUCAAAUUAAUUGAAUACACUUUGCAAAGUCUUCACGAAAUUAAUAAGAAGUAAUAUAUAAUAUUGCAUUAUAAUGUUUAUAAAGAAGGAAACUAACCAAUCUGUUCAUUAAGACAAGACAAACAAAGAAAAACAAAAGGAAAAAAAAAGUUGUGACUACAGCUAAAUACACACAUUUAUUAGAUUUUAAGCAAAUCAAAAACAAUAACAAUAAUAAGAAGCAGAAGAAGAAGAUGCAGAACAACAACAAAAAGUGUUAGUGUUUAAACAAAAGUCUUGUCUCUCGUGAGAAAACAAAUACCUAAAAACUAUAUGACUAUGUAAAAUGUAAUACUUGUAAUAAACAUUCAAAUAAAGUUGAA